AACAGCAGACGGCAUCGCUCUGUCGCGGAGACUGAAGAUACAGAGCAGGCUCCGUGUUUCGCCCACCGAGGGAGGAGAUAAGACUGAAGAAAAAUCACAGAAGAAGAAGCAGAGACGUACCCAGGGAGGAGGAGGAGGAGCAAAGGGAUUCGGAUUUCUCUGUUGUGAAUGUGUACGUGUCCUCCGACAGUGUGACUGAGCAGAGAGGCGGGGCGUCACUGUAUUUCGGGGCAGACCUUUGCGUCACACACCGAUGAUGGAGAGGAGGAGGAUGGAUGCAGCACUGUUGGUGCUGUUCCUGGGACACUUCGCCACCGCGCUGGAGGUCCCACUAGACCUCCUGGAAGGAUUGCCGCAGCCGCCGACCAUAACUCACCAAUCCCCCAAGGAUUACAUCAUCGACCCACGAGAGAACAUUAUAAUCCACUGCGAGGCGAAGGGGAAGCCUCAUCCCAGUUUCUCCUGGACGAGAAAUGGGACCCACUUUGACAUCGACCAGGAUCCCAACGUGACCAUGAGGCCCCACUCUGGGACCCUGGUGGUGGACAUCAGCAGAGCGAAGGUUGAAAAUUACGAGUGUGUGUACCAGUGCACAGCAAGGAACAAACACGGAACUGCUGUUUCAAACAACAUAGUCGUACAACAGUCCAGGUCCCCCUUGUGGUCAAAGGAGAAAAUCAAGCCAAUCGUUGUUAGGGAGGGCGUGUCCUUGGUGCUGCCAUGUCGACCCCCUGCUGGCCUGCCUCCACCCAUCAUAUUCUGGAUGGACAAUUACUUCCAAAGGCUGCCUCAGAGCAGCAGGGUGUCCCAGUCCCUGAACGGAGACCUUUACUUUUCAAAUGUGCUCCAAGAGGAUUCCAGGAACGACUACAUCUGCUACGCCCGCUUCCCAUACACACAAACCAUCCAGCAGAAACAACCCAUCACCGUCAAGGUCCUCAGCAUGGAUGCAAUCAAUGACACAGUGGCAGCUUUUUACAAUGACACAGAUUUAUUUAGUGAAGACCCAGCAGAUGAGAGAAAGCCAAACUUCCUUAUCCCUUCUGGCCCCUCCAGCUCCAAGAUAGUGUUGAGAGGACAGGUGCUGGAAAUGGAGUGCAUUGCCGAAGGAUUGCCCACCCCUGAAAUCUCCUGGACCAAAGUGAGCGGCGAUCUCCCAGCCAAACGCACGUCUUUCCUGCACUACGACAGGACCCUGCGUAUUGUGAACGUUUCAGAAUCAGACGCAGGAGAUUACCGCUGCACCGCCAGAAAUAUGCUCGGCUCGGUGCACCACACCAUCCACGUCACGGUCAAAGCUGCUCCAUAUUGGAUCAGGGGCCCUCCCAGCAAUCUUGUUCUAGCUCCAGGAGAGAACGGUUCGCUGACCUGCAGGGCCAGUGGCACGCCCAAGCCCUCCAUCACCUGGGCAAUGAAUGGCAUCCCCAUAGAGAAUUCUCCCAAGGAUCUGAGCAGAAAGGUGGAGGACGACACCAUCAUCUUCACUGAUGUGCAGACUGGAUCCAGCGCCGUCUACCAGUGCAAUGUCUCCAAUGACUACGGGUACCUCCUGUCCAACGCCUUCGUCAAUGUGCUCUCGGAGCCACCCAGAGUGCUGACACAAGCCAACAAAGUCUACCAGAUCAUCAGAAGUCACCAGGCCCUGUUGGACUGUGCUUCCUUUGGUUCACCCAUCCCUAAAAUUACAUGGUUCAAAGACAGCCGGUCCAGCACCCUGGAUGGAGAGCCUUACAUCCUUCAUGACAAUGGGACUUUAGAGAUUCCCAUAGCUCAAGCCCACAAUAGUGGCAAAUACACCUGCGUGGCCGGGAACACACUGGGCAUCUAUGAGAAUCACGUCUACCUGGAGGUCAAAGAGCCCACCCGAAUCCUGAAGCAGCCGGAUCACAAAGUAGUCCUGAGGGGCAGGUCUGUGGUGUUUGAGUGUACGGUGAAACACGACCCCUCACUCAUCCCCACCAUGACCUGGCUCAAAGACGAUGGAGAGCUGCCUGAUGAUGAGAGAUUAAUCGUAGACUCAGACAGCCUCACCAUCACUGAUGUGACAGAGAACGAUGCGGGGGAGUACACCUGCAUCAUGAACACCACACUGGACCAUGAUUCAGCCCGCGCUGUGCUCACUGUUGUUGAGGCCAUGCCAACACCUGCUGUUGUCUACGAGCGACCCGACCCCCCAACUGACCUAGAGCUGACUGACCACAAAAAGAGGAGUGUUCAGCUCACUUGGACCCCAGGGGAUGAACACAACAGUCCUAUUCAGAAAUUUCUGAUCCAGUAUGAAGACUCACUGCACCACCGAGGUCACUGGCACAAUCUUACCGAGGUCCCUGGAACCAAGACGACAGCUCACCUCAAACUGUCACCCUACGUCCACUACACCUUCAGAGUUCUGGCCCUCAAUGCCGUCAAUUUCAGCCGCCCCAGCUUCCCCUCCAGGGUGUUCAAAACAGAACCUGCAGCUCCAGACGAGAACCCAACAGGUGUCCAGGGAUUUGGAACAGAACAUGAUAAUCUUGUAAUCUCAUGGAAGCCACUGUCAGGCCUCCAGUCUAAUGGUCCCGGGCUUCACUAUAAAGUGAUGUGGAGGCAGAAGACGGCAAACAGUGAAUGGAACACAGUGACCGUGGCUAACAACUCUAAGUUUGUUGUGUCUGGAACGCCCACAUUUGUUCCUUAUGAGCUAAAAGUUCAGGCUGUGAACGACUACGGAGAAGGACCUGAGCCUCCUAUUGCCCACGGCCACUCAGGAGAGGACUUGCCAGUAGCAGCUCCAGAGAAUGUGCAGGCCAUGGUGCUGAACAGCACUCUGGCAGAGGUACACUGGGAUCCUGUGCCCUCUAAAUUAAUACGAGGGCAUCUUAAAGGAUUUAAGGUAUACUACUGGAGAGAGCACAGCCUCCACAACCACAACCCUCAUCAUGUGGAGAAUAAGAUCCUGACCUUCAGUGGGAACCACAGCCACGGCAUGCUGCCUGGUCUGCACCCCUUCAGUCUCUACUCUUUCAAUGUCAGGGUUUUUAACGGCAAAGGAGAGGGUCCCCACAGCCCCACCCAGCAGUUUGAGACACCAGAAGGAGUGCCGGGGGCUCCUACUUCCCUGCAAGUCACCAACUUCAACCUGGACUCCCUAACCCUUGAAUGGAGUCCUCCUCAUGUCCGCAAUGGACGCAUCACUGGCUACACCCUCAAAUAUCAGCCAGUCAAUAACUCCUAUGAGCUGGGCCCAGUGGAGGAGCUGGCCCUGGCCGCCAAUGAGACCUCAGUCACUUUGUCCAACCUCAAGUACAGCACACGCUACAAGUUUUAUUUGAAUGCGAAAACAGUCAGGGGAGCAGGCCCAGCCAUUUCUCAGGAAGCUGUCACCAUCAUGGACGAAGGAAACACCCAAACCUCUCAUCCCAUUGCAUGGUCUCCUCCACACCGUCCGCCCCACAAGGUGCGGCCUGUGAGUCCUUUUGGGAAUGUUAGCUCCUCGGUUGGAGAGGACGGGGCCCUGAUCAGUUGGGAGUACUGGGGCCCGGAGAAAAACGUUUAUGUAGAAUACAUAGUAGAAAAAAGUGAAGGUGAAGAGGAGUGGCAGAAAGAGCUUGUGAACGGCUCUCAGAACAUUAUGCUGAAGGGCUUAAAGGGGGGCCUCUCCUAUAGGGUGCGUUUGGUGGCCAAAGGUCACCACGACCAGCCGCUCCACCGCUCUGAGGAGCUGUUGGUCACGGUCCCAGCUGUGGCGAGCAGACAGGUGGACAUCGCCACUCAGGGAUGGUUUAUUGGCCUCAUGUGUGCCAUUGCUCUGCUCAUCUUGAUCCUCCUUAUUAUCUGCUUCAUCCAGAGGAAUAAGGGAGGGAAAUACCCCGUCAAAGAGAAGGAGGACGCACACACAGACCCAGAGUUUCAGCCCAUGAAAGACGAUGACUGUACCUUUGGGGAAUACAGUGACAAUGAGGACCAUAAACCAUUAAAAGGGAGCCGCACGCCGUCUAAUGGGACAGUUAAGAGAGGCGACAGUGACGACAGUUUAGUUGACUACGGGGAAGGAGGAGACGGACAGUUCAACGAGGAUGGCUCGUUUAUCGGCCAGUAUAGUGGAAAGAGUGUCAGCAGGGACACUGCUGAGGGCCAUGAGAGCUCGGAGGCCCCAUCCCCUAUUAAUGCCAUGAACUCCUUGAACUCAUUUGUGUAGCCAUUCAGUCCUCACUGAACAGUGUGAGAUGCUGCUCAAUUCCCCACAUCUCUUUUAGAGGGCUGUUCCAACAUCGCAUGGCUUUAUGAUCACAUCCCCAUCCCCAGUGGCACACAUGAAAUACAGACAUCUCAAAGACAUUUUUGUUUUCACUUGGAAAUCUUUAUGGAGAGGCUUGGAAACCUGUGGUUCAUUGUAUCUUAAGCAGCAUUUAGGGAGAAAGUAGCUCAACCAGAUAUUUGAUUUUAACAAUGCAUGAAAUACCUGAUAUGACCUAAAUCCAUAUAUUAAUUAACACUUUGAUAUUAACAAGUGUUGCAUUCUUACCACGGAUCUCUUAUAGACUAUGCAGUGCUCGUCUAAACUAUUUGUUUUUGUCAUUGGUUAUCAUACUAUCAUACUAUGUUCAUAUAGCAAUCAGUGUCUACAGUAAAUUACUAUUACUCCAUGUAUUUUUUUCCAACUCAGAAACUUGUACAGUAAUCUGUAUUUAAGAAAUGUAAUUUCCUCUUGUAAUUCCAUCAUGCAUUUAUAGUGCACAAGGCAGAUCAUGUACAGUGUGUAUAUAUAUAAAGUGAAUUUUCCGUAAUCUGAAUUUUAGGAGCAGCGCACGCAGCAUGCUUGAGAUUGCUGCAUUGAUACAUCCUCAUCUGUCACCACACUUUUGAAUGAUCCAACUGAACCUAUUAAGGAGGAAGCUGCAAUGCUGCAUGGCUUGCGAUAUGACCUCAUAACCUCUGCCCUGCAUGUAACCCCCCUCUUACUGAGCUUGAUCUGAAGGCCAGUGGGAAAUACUGAGGGUAUAACAGCUCGCCUCAGUCCCUGCAGUGGUCCUUCAGCAGGUAGUGCCUUUUCUUCAAAACAACGAUUCACUUUUGAAGUCUCUUUCCAGAGUUCGGUAAUGGAAAAGAUAAGCUUAAGAAGACGAAUAUGUGGAGGGAGGAGUAAUUAAUAAACUCAUGUCAUCUUUUUCUUUUUUUAAUUGAAAUCUCCCAUUGCCUUGAAAAACAGGACUGGCUUUGAUUCCUCCAAGAAGCUAAGCCCACCCACUUUGGAUCAGACUAAAACAUCAAACCCAUGUCUGGUGCAUAUUCUGCAGUUAUUAUGUACAGUACCUGAUUGUAUUUCUGCAGUAUAUGAAUUUAUGGAUAUCUGUGAGCAUGUGUGUGUGUGUGUGUGUGUGUGUGUGUGUGUGUGUGUGUGUGCGCUGACACAAUACAUUAUUCAAUUCCUAUUAGGCAAAAUGUGUUCACUUGUACUAACUAAACUUGAGGGCCUUUGGAUGGGAUCAAGAUUUCUUUUCUCUUAACUUGCAUCAAGUUUUUUUUUUAAAAACGUGUAGAAUAUUUGUUGAAAUUGUAAAUACCUAAAUUGAUUGUACAGGGACAAGCAGCUUAUAAGGCAGCCGAAGAGGCAAUGUUGUGCAUGAUAUGGUUUAACUUGUUGAUAGGAACUGUAUUGAAUAUAGAGUACUUGUAGAGAAUAUAUAAAUAUUCUUUUUUUUUCUUGCUGUGCACAGUGUACAUUGUACUGUAACUAACUGGACAGAAAACUGCAUAUAAAUUUGAAUUCUGAUUGUUUCCAGAUUUGCUUGUCAGCGAGUAAAAUAACUGGUAUUGUACAACAACAUGCAGGAUAUCGCGACAAUAUAAUUUUUAAUUUUAAUAUUAUUCGCAUUUGUAUUGGUUCUACGCAAUCCCAAUAUACUGCCAAAACAAUGCAUUUUUCUGACAGUAUUUCAAAUGGUUUUGUAUUUAAGAACAGAUUUGUACUAACAUAUACUUUCCUUGUCUCUAUUUAAGUUUCUCCUUUUAGUGCAAGUAUGAAAUUCAAGCUACUGGAAAUAUAAUGAAUGAAUAAAAAAUUAUCUGCUU